AAAAGAUGGGAAACAAUAUCCCGCUAUCUAUACAUUUUUAAUUUACGCGACAAAAAGCUUCGUCUCAAAAACAAACACGUUCAUCGCUUAUUAUUUCAUGUGACCCGAACGUGGUAAAGGUCUGCGAGAAAAAUUAGGUCAAUAUUGUGUUUUCUCGUAAUCUAGUCGAGCUUGAUUUGGACCGUUAGCAGUGGUCAUCUGCAAUAUAUUCGUAAUUUCAGAAACAUGUCUUCAAAGAGGAAAUCUCCGCCGACUAAAUUACAAGAAGGCGGGUCCGGCAUUGAAGAAGCAGCACCUUUGCCGCCGACGAUAAUCGGCGGUGGAAGUGAAGGGGGUCUGACCGAUUUGGACGAAACUAGUAGUAAUAAUCUUAGCGAUCUCGGGGACGAGGAUCCGACAACGAUGGUCAGUAAUAACGUCGCGUUUUAUCAAUUGUCUGAAUCGCCAUCGGGAUCUGGUUCCGGUAGUGACGUCGAUGAUGGUAUUGAAGAAGACCGAUCGCCCCCAAAAAAGCAAAGAAGAGGAUACACGGACGCUCCCAAUAGCAAUUUGUUAGUUCCUGGUGCACUUUCCGCAAUGGCUCUGCAUAAUGAUCAACUGAGGCAAGAGUCGGAAAAUAGACGAAGAAAUUCCUCCGAAUGUAGUUCGCCAUCUUCAGAUAUUAAAACCAGUAUACAUUAUAAUAAUAAUAAUAGUAGUUUGCAUAAUAACAAUAGUUCCUCACACCCUGUAAAACGUUCAAUGGACGAUGUGCUGAAAAGAUUAACGUCAAAAAUGAAUAGCAGUACAAUAAAAGAAGAGCAAAAGCGGCCUACACCGUCGACGACGCCCAACUCCAUCCACAAUUCGUAAGUUCUUUUUAUCAAC